GGAGGAAUAAGUGGUGAAUUGUGCAGCCUUUCAAAAGACUUCCAAGUAAAUUCAGCCUUGGCGUUGAUUGAACAUCAGAACAGAUGGAUAAUGGAGACUGGGGAUAUAUAAUGACUGAUCCAGUCACUCUAAAUGUGGGUGGACACUUGUAUACAACAUCACUCACCACUCUCACAAGGUAUCCUGAUUCGAUGCUGGGGGCCAUGUUCAGGGGUGGCUUCCCUACAGCCAGAGACUCUCAGGGGAAUUACUUCAUCGACCGGGAUGGGCCGCUUUUCCGGUACGUUCUUAACUUCUUACGGACAUCAGAGAUGACUCUGCCUCUGGACUUCAAAGAGUUUGACCUGCUUCGGAAAGAAGCGGACUUUUAUCAGAUCGAACCCUUAAUCCAAUGGCUUAAUGACCCCAAACCUUUGUAUCCUGUGGAUACGUUCGAGGAGGUGGUGGAGCUGUCCAGCACGCGCAAGCUCUCGAAAUACUCCAACCCAGUGGCAGUGAUCAUAACUCAGCUGACCAUCACAACCAAGGUCCAUUCAUUGCUGGAAGGCAUUUCCAACCAUUUUACUAAGUGGAAUAAGCAUAUGAUGGACACUAGAGACUGUCAGGUUUCUUUUACUUUUGGGCCAUGUGAUUACCACCAAGAAGUCUCUCUCAGAGUUCAUCUGAUGGAGUACAUCACAAAGCAAGGCUUCACUAUUCGAAAUACGAGGGUUCACCACAUGAGUGAACGAGCCAAUGAAAAUACAGUCGAACACAACUGGACUUUCUGCAGACUGGCACGGAAAACGGACGACUGAUUUCCUUCCCCCACCCUACCUCACCCUUUC